UACAGUUAAUGCGGCGGAUGUUGAUGUUUUGUUUCGGAGCCUGUAGGAUGAUGUGAGCGACCUGCUUUUUCUUACUGGUCACCAUCCCCUCCGUUAAGUUUCUUCGUACAAUUUUUCUCGGUAAGCUCGAACCGUUCGGCGGCAUCGUGUCUCUCUCGGUGUCUCGUCCGGGAAGCGCGAGACCGAGUCGCGCGAUGAUGGAGGACUUUGAUGAGAUCUACGAAGAGGAGGAGGAAGACGAGGACGAAGACAGGGCCGCGGAAGAACAGCUCCUCAAGUACGCUCCGGACCCGGUGGUGGUCAGAGGGUCCGGCCACGUCACGGUGUUUGGACUUAGUAACAAAUUUGAGUCGGAAUUUCCAUCAGCACUUACAGGAAAGGUGGCGCCGGAGGAAUUCAAGGCCAGCAUCAAUCGCGUGAACGGCUGCCUGAGGAAGACGCUGCCAGUGAACGUGCGCUGGCUGCUGUGCGGCUGCCUGUGCUGCUGUUGCACUUUGGGCUUCAGCUUGUGGCCCGUCAUCUGCCUCAGCAAAAGAACGAGAAGAUCGAUAGAGAAGCUCUUGGAGUGGGAAAACAGUAGACUUUAUCACAAGCUGUGUUUGCACUGGAAACUUAGCAAAAGAAAGUGCGAAUCCAACAACAUGAUGGAAUAUGUUAUCCUAAUAGAGUUCCUACCUAAGAUCCCCAUCUUCAGACCGGACUAGCCUGGACCAGGUCUCUUGCAGAAUCUCCGAGGCUGAGUAACCACUCCCCUUGAAAUACUCCAAUGCUUGUGUUUACAUUGGUCCCCCACACCUUUUUUUUUAAACUUUUUUUUUUUAUAUAACCCUCGUCCUCACACAGACCUUAUCAACAUCUUUGUUUACAAACUUGAAUGUCCCACACUUGUGUCUGGACUGAACGCAGCAUUGAACUUUGACCUUUUGGUCGAGCGGGUGCACUGCUGGCUCGCACCAGUCUGCGGGAUGCGUAGCGGGAACGGGAAGUGUAGCCACGAGGCACCGUUGCGGAUUUCUUAUGGAACUUUACACGUGAGACGGGACUCUAUGAGUUAUGUGAGAAGCAACUGGAAUUUAAAAAAACUUUUUUUUGUGGUCCUUUUUGUGUUCUGUAACCGAGCACACAGCGAACGAUGAAACGAAACACUUUCGUUUAUUACAUCCUGACUUCACCUUAAAAAAAAAAAAACCUUAAAAAAACACCCCAGUGCUUUCUGAACAGUUGGAGUGCUCCACUGGAUCUGAACGAGAGGCCACGGAAACUAAACCGGCUGAAUUCCACCAAACGCCCUGCUACCACCAACGCUUCGUCCGGCCAUCUUUCAGGCCACUGCAGACCUCACUGUGCACCACCCAGAGACAAUCACACACUCUUGACUGCACUGUCCACGUGUGUGAGCGGGUCUUUGUGCCACGCUGUUCUACACUUGAGCAAGUUGAAAGGACAAGUGAGAGAUUUUAGCAACGAAAAAAAAAAUCAAUAUUUGUUUACCGUUUUGGUGAAGAGAGACCAUAUUUGCUUUUUUUUUUUUUCUGUGUGCGUGCGUGUGUGUGAGUACAUGUGUGUCCGAUAGAGAAAUUAGCAAAAAAAACAAGAGGGAAAAAAAAAGCGACAAAUCAGAAAUGAAGACAAACUCUUUACUCUGUUCUGCAGGGGUUCUUUAUUUGAUUGCCAUAAUCUUUUUUUUCCUCUCUAAAGAAUUCUAAAAUCUAACUUUUGUUUUUUUUAUUCAAAUUUUUUAUUUUUUAUCUGUGAUCACGUGUCAACACUGAAGCACACGGUUACUACAUCCGUCACUCCUUUAUGUGUUCCUGUCCCGUUUAGACAGCUAACCACAGAUUAUACUGUAUGUCGGUGUUCAGUCGGAGAGCAAAGAGGCUCCUCGGAGGAAACAGUUAGUUCUCUUUCCUCUGAAGGACUUGGGUUCAGUGGGAGAAUUCAGUGGUCUUUGGAAGGUGGUGAGCAGGUUUGCUCACCAUGAAGCGGAACUACAGUAGUCGGCAGAAUCAGAGUCCUCCCAAAUCUGGAUGCUGAAACUUGCACAAAUCGGUGUCGACGACACGCUAUUUCCUCUUCAGGUCUGACUGGAAGCUUCGAGUUAUUUCAGUUAGCUUCAAUAAGUCAUCUGGAGUAAAACUAAGGUUUUUUUAUUUGUUUUUUCUAAAAGCUGUUCCAUGUUCUAGAUCAGAGCACGAGGCGCGUAUCGUUUUAAAGUGGAUACAUUUUACGUUUGAAAAAGGAAAGCAAGAUAAAAGACGCCUCUGUGCAGUUAAGACUCUCCAUCAGUUUUUCCUACUCUGCACGCCUGUGUCCAAACAUCCAAUUUACGGAGACUAAGGACUACGCAAGUCGAAGAAUUCUAAGAAAAAAAAAAUCAAAAGCCGCCUCGUAUUCGGUGGGUCGGCUCGGGCGAUUGUAUGGGCGACACUCAGGGGAGAUCAACAACAAAAUGUAGCAUUACAAAAACCUCACAGUCAGGUAUGUUCCAAAGUCACACCAGGGUAUGGACUUCAACACACAAACCACACCAUGCUCCGGGUAGUCUGGGGAAGGGGG